AUGAGAUUUUCGCCUGCAAAAGAUGGGAAGACGAAGGGCAUCUGCUCUCGCGUUCAAUUCACGGACAGGUCCGAAGUCACGUGCUUCAUCAUCAACGAUAAUGCGGUGAAUGGAAAAGGGGAAAUGCCUCAUCGGAGAUCCCUGGAAUGUCCGCCUGGGUUCGGAGCCGUUGCGUUCCAGCUGGGCGACCUCUUGGAGACCGGAUUCCUUCAAUGCUGCGACUUCUGAUGUUCUAGUCCGGAAGCACUCCUUCGCUUUGACUGAAAAAUGUGAUAUCUAAGCUCUGAAGACUAAAUUCUAUUUUAAAUUUUAUCUAGAAGCUGAUCAAUAAAGAAUAUUUCAUGCCUUGCUCCUAA